GUUUGUUUUAUUUCGUUAGUGUGUUCUCAUCAUAAAUAAGAAAUUACUCAAAUAAUUCUUCGCCGGUACCUUAAACUUGGAUUAUAAAUGUAGAUUUCUUUCGAUAUGGUUUUUACAUCUUCAUCUUGAACAGCAGGAUAUUCCAUCUUUCAUUGUAUCGAAGCUGAAUCUUCGUGACUAUGGAAGUCGGCGCUGAGGAUUUGAUCCUCAAAGAACUCUUCGUUUUCUACGAAUCUGCAUCAACAUUGCAGGAUAUAUCCAGCCAAAAAGUAGCUCUGCAAUUAUGGCACCAUCACCUCAGUCGUAUGAAAUGGGAAGAAAUACAAGAUCUAGAAGUGUCAUAUCAUCAUCCCAGUUAUCGUGCGAAAUGGAAAGAAACACUAGAGAAACUGUACGGCUUUUUCGCAGAUUGCGGAAUGAAAUUACCUAAACGUAUCGAAGAAACGUUGAAAAAAUCUUUGAAGACGAUUUGUGAGGAGACGAGAACGUGGAUAUGUCAUUUUAUAGAUGAUGAGCUGCUCGACGGUACCUUCCCCGGUUAUUUCGAUCAGAAUCACAUCGUUUGGCGUCACGACCAUAAAAUCGAUUACAAAAAAAGUGCUUCGAAGAUGUUAACCGAAGGAGAAUUGAACGCAGAGCAGAAAUUCCUUUUGAUGUGCCAAUAUGGCAUGACUGGAGAAUUGGAAAGGUUUCCUAUGAACUCGCUCCCGGAGGAUUUUUGCGUACGAGGGAUUUCUGAUGUGAUGGUCGGGUAUUGGAUUUCACUCUACAGACCCGACUUGCGCGAGAUUUGGCUUAAAACGCCAGAUGUGAUAGAUGAGAUUCGUCUCGAAGAUACUUCGAUCCAUGUCACUAUGGCCCAAGCGUGUGUCCAUUACACGCCUUUGUUUCAUUCUUUCGAACAUUUCUGGAAUCGUUUAAAUGAAGACGAACAAAUGGCAUUUGCUGCUAAAUACCUGCCUCAGUUUUGGGAACUUUUUGAAAUAAUGGUAUCGACGAUGUCUUGCGAUCGGCAAUUGCAGCUGCUCAAUCAAAUUCCUGACAAAUUGAUGGGUACUUUUUUCGACACCUAUAGUAACGCAGGAUUCCGCAAGCCUAUGCUAUACUGCAAUUUUCUCAGAAUUUGGAACCUCUUAAAAGAUCGAAUUACAAAGCAGCAAUUUGUUGAAUUUCUGGAAUAUGUCGCCGACUAUCGUGUGAUGGAGUAUGACUAUGAAGAAUACGCGAAUAGAUUGAUCAUAGUUUGGGAUACAGCCUCGGAUCAUCUCAAGAAACACAUUGUCGAAAACCAUCCUCGCAUUCUAUUCAAUUCUUUCAUGUUUUGUGAGAAGUAUUCACCGAGUGGUUACGAAUUUUUCUUGAAAUUUUUGCCAUUGGCGAAUCAACCUACCAGAAAAGAAUUGUAUCUCGCUCAACCGGUAUCUAACAUUGUUUCGAAGUACGACAUCGAUAUCCUAAAUUUAUGUUUGCCUGAAGAAGCCGAUCAGUUGCAACUCAAGAAUCGAAUUAUGGAGUCCAGCGAUAUGGUAAAUUAUUGCGCUGCAUUAUUGAGAAAUGGGAAUAAGGAAUUCGAUGAAAUAUUCGCCACAGUAACGUUUUUCUCACCGAAUGCUCACGACACUCGCGAACUCUUCGAGAACGUACUAGAGUCCGGCUGUUUUAAAACUUUUGGCACUUCAUACUGGAAAGUAAACAUUGUUUGAGGAACCAAGGAAUAAUUUUUUUAUUGAUGAGCGAGUUACCUAAUACGUAGUAUUUGCUGAAAGUUAGAAUCGUGUUGCAUAAAUUCAAAGUUUUUGAUAAUCAAUUUGUUAUUUCAAUAAUUUGCUCAUUUUCAACUUUUGAAUGCUCUCCGCGCUAUGUAAUCUUAUUUUAAUUUUUUUCGCUACUUUUUAAAUUUGAGAUGUGUACCUAAAAAAUACGUAAAUUGUCAUCUUGCGAAUCGAAAAUACCUACCGUAUUAAAAAAAAUUAAUUCGAUGAUUUAAUCAAGAAAUUCUCCUAAGCUGAAUCCAGAAAACGGUUGUUUAAAAUUUUUAAAAGUUAAAUUAAAUUUUAAAUAUUGAUUUUUUCAAACUUUAAUAUUAGAUACUUAUGUACCCAUAAAUGUAGAUGUUCUUGGUUUCUUUUUUUAGCUUAUAAUAAAACCGAAUUUUGAAUGUUGAUACUAUUUUUCAAAUUUUUCAACAAACAAAUAAUUUCGAAUGUUACCUACAUUUUUUUUUAAGAUUUAA